CCCCCACGUGUUCGGGACCCGUCUGGCCCCGCACUCCCCAGAUCCGGCGCCGCCGCUUGGCUCUGGGGGUGGGUGGGGGAGAGCCUGGGGAGGAGUCGCCGGAGCUGCCGGAGCCUUCCCUUGGGAGAAAUCCUUUCUGCAGGUUUCCAGUCAGACCAGGAAAUGGCAGUGUGACCUCCAGCUGAAAUUAGGCCAACUCGAAAGCCAGAUAAUGGCUACAGUGCUGGAGCCAGAGGACCAGCAUCUUUGGGAAGAGGAAGGAAUCUUAAUGGUGAAGCUGGAAGAUGAUUCCAUUUGGAGGCAAGACCCAGUUCUACAAAAGGAUGAUGCCGUGCUUGAGACCUCACAUCAGAAUUUCCGGAGAUUUCGCUACCAGGAGGCAUCAGGGCCCAGGGAGGCCCUGAGCCGACUCCGGGAGCUUUGCCAUCAGUGGCUGAGGCCAGAAAGGAGGACAAAGGAACAGAUCCUGGACUUGCUGGUGCUGGAACAAUUUCUGACUGUUCUGCCUGGGGAACUGCAGAGCUGGGUGCGGGGGCAGAGGCCAGAAAGUGGUGAAGAGGCAGUGACGCUGGUGGAGGGUUUGCAGAAACAACCCAGGAGACCAAGGCGGUGGGUGAGGAGGGGGAGUCCUGAACUGUGUGAUUUGGAGGAGGAAAGCUUGAUGGUGACGGUCCAUGUGCACGGCCAGGAAGUCCUCUCAGAGGAGACAUCAAAUCUGGGAGCAGACCCGGAGUCACCGAUCGAACGGCCGGAGCCUGUGCAUACCCUAUCCCUGGAGGAGUCCCAUGAGGAGUCGCAUGAGGAAGGGCCACAGAGCCCAGAUCUGAGCAUUGAAGAGCAGAGCCACUGCCAUGAAGAGGAACCCCAGCCCCUACAGGAGAGCGAGCUUCCUGUCCCCCAGGACCAUGUCCUUCCUGAGGAGGGAAGCAGUGGAGGCCAGGAGAUGGUUAACCUUCUUACAGCCAUAUCCCAGGGACUUGCAACUUUCAAGGAUGUGACUCUGUCCUUCUCCCAGGAGCAGUGGGGUGACCUGGAUCCAACACAGAAAGAAUUCUAUGGAGAAUAUGUCUUGCAGGAAGAUUGUGGAAUUAUAGUCUCACUAACAUUUCCAAUCCCCAGACUAGAUGAGGUCUCCCAGGUUGAAGAGGAGGAAGAAUCUUGGGUCCCCGACUUAGAAUAUCCCCAAGAUCCUGAAGAAACAGAGAUCCUGAGUUUUACCUAUAUAGGAGAUAGGAGUGAGGAUGAAGAAUUUCUUGAACAAGAAGAAAUCCAUACGGAGGACCUACAGAAAACUAUUUUGGGAAGUCCAGAAAUUCCCCAGAAUAUUGAUUUGGAACUACUCUUUGAGGAUGAGCCGAGUAGCCCCAGUGAAAGAAGAAUGAGUGCGAGUUUUUCUCCAACACAUAAUUUCAUGAGCCUUCAAGAUAACCUACAAUUUCAUCCCCUCUUAGGGAGGCCUCAUGACUGCCCUGUGUGCAGAAAGAACUUCAGCUGCAACUCCCAUCUCAUUAGGCAUCUCAGAACCCAUACAGGAGAGAAGCCUUAUAAAUGUCCUGAUUGUGGCAAGAGUUACACCCGUAGUUCACACCUUGUCAGGCAUCAGAAGAUCCACAAGUUGCAAGUACCAUUUCCAUUUCCUCAUAACAGGGACAGAUUUGAUGAAAUCUCCCCAUCUUUCCAACAUGAGAUAGUGCCACAAACUGAGAAACCGCAUAGAUGUGAAACAUGCGGGAAACACUUUCGCUGGAGCUCAGACCUUGUCAGGCACCGUAGAACACACACAGGAGAGAAACCCUUCUUCUGUAGUAUUUGUGGGAAGAGUUUUAGCCAGAAAUCUGUCCUCACAACACACCAAAGAAUCCACCAGGGAGGUAAACCCUAUUUGUGUGGGGAAUGUGGGGAGGACUUCAAUGACCACAGACGGUACAUGGCUCACCGCAAAACCCAUUCUUCUGAGGAGCUCUAUCUCUGUAAUGAGUGUGGGAGGGGUUUCAGCCACAGUGCAGCAUUUGCCAAGCACCUGCGAGGACAUGCAUCAGUACGAUCCUGCAGGUGCAAUGAGUGUGGGAAAAGCUUCAGUCGGAGGGACCAUCUUGUCAGGCAUCAGAGAACACACACUGGCGAGAAGCCAUACACAUGCCCCACCUGUGGAAAAAGCUUCGGGAGAGGAUACCACUUGAUCAGGCAUCAGAGGACCCACUCAGAAAAGACUCUCUUACAGGACUCAAGUAUAGAGAAAGCUACAUUCAAAAAAGUCUCCCAAACUGAGGAUGGGGAUGGACUGUGAGAAAAGCCUUCUUAUCUUGAAACUGGGACUUCUUCUAGGAAGUUCCACUGACCAGCCCAGAUCUUGCCUCUCCUCUUUCUAUUCUUGUGCAGAUCCUCAGUCUGCUUUUUUGCCUUUGAGGGGACAUGUUUUUAUUUUUUUUUCUACUCUGCUACCCCAAUAGGGCUUCACUGAGGGAUCAUGUUUCCACAUCCUUGGGAUAAGUUAGGAGAGUGAGAGAGUGCUAAGGAGCUGUGGUUAAGACACCUUCCCUGGAGAGGCUGUGGUGUCUCUAAAGAAAUCUUGGGUAUUCUUGAGUAAAAAAGUGACAUAAAAUGAGCCACAGGCUUCCUGGGCCUCUGCAUGGCAGCAAAACACCCCUGACUGAGAGACAGGAGAUGUAGGGCCCUUUGACUUUGCCACAAAUUCACUGGAUGACCCUGGACAGACAGGCCCCAUGCCCCUUCGGUGAUUCAAUUGCCACAUCUCUAAACGGAGAACACUGUUGAUGCACUUUGCUUUGAUGGUACAGGGUGGAAUGGCAGAAAAUUCUGGUCUUACUAAACAGGUGCUCAAGUCUUAUUAUCUGAGGCCUUUUGCAGCUUCUCCCCUCCCAGUUGCCAAGGUGGUGGUAAGCAGUGCUGAGAUGGAGCUGAGAAGGAGGUCUCUUAGCAAAGAUGUCCUCUCUUUCCCUCAGGUUCUUUCUCUCUUGCCAUUCAUUCAUUCAUUCACACUUUUAGCCUCCUUCCUCUUGCACCAGGUUCUUCUGGUCUGUCCCAAGAAAUACUUCUACUACUCAAGGUGGGGUGGGGGAAGAAGUAAAACAAUUAGGAUUUAAAUGAAAAGAUCUAAUUUCCCAUCCUUUCCUCCCACCCCCUUUUAGAUUUUAUGGGAAUUCAAGGGUAGUAACAGUUUAGAAAGGUACCAUGGUACUAGAGGCAUCUUGACUAGAAUGUCAUAGUUCCAUGGGAACAUCUACCAAGUGAAAAACUAAGAGGGACCUCACAGAAUCAAGGAAAAGUUGUCCUAGCCUUUCCAAGGUGUCCAUACAAAGCAACUUGGGAUGAGGUUCCCUGCUGACACCUUGUACCCAUCAAUUUCUGCAUAGUAUAUUGUAUCCGAUAUCAGAAAAAGAUUUCAGGCAUUCUCAUGUUUCUUCAGCUUCUCUAGCCAGCACCUGGAAACUAAGAGAUCAUAUUAGGAGUGAUUGAUGGUUGAUUUUAAUGCAUUUGUGAAUUCUUUUUUUCCUCUUAUUUUGUGUUUGGCUCCAUUUUCAUGUUAGUGACAAAACAAUAGCAAUCUCUCUCAGUGCUCCCAAGAACCCUUGUUGCCUGAUGAAAGUUACCAUGGAAACAAGGCAAGUUGCCAUGGCAACUCAUGGACCCAACUUGGUCUAAUGUGGGUGUGGUAGAGACGGGAGGAACUUUUUCCUAUAGUUGGAACACAAAGUCUGAGCAUGAGACCACAAGGGGGAAGAAGACCCCUCUAUUCAGUGUCUGAUUCAUUCUGCUCUGCUGUGCCACCUAUGCUACUGUAGACCUCUGUGCCCUAGAGAUGUUCAAAUGGAUCGAUAAUUCCAUCCUUUCCAUACAAAUGAAUUAGCUCUGUGCCUGCUCCCUCCUUAUAAAGGAACUUUCAUUUCAUUCAUCUCUCAGACCUCUGUUAUGUGACUUCUUAGACUUUCUGAGAUUCCCAGAAGAACUUGUCAUUUUUCUUCUGAGCACUGGCAUGGCCCAUUCAUAGGUGUCUGGAGCAGAAGUGACCUAAAUGUGAACUAGCACUUAAGGAACUUUGAGUGAGCAGGGCACAACCCCUUCUCCCCCCCCCCCUUUAUGGGGAGAGAAGGCUUUCAGGAGGAAGACUAUGUACAGGAAGAUGCUCUCCCCAUUCACAGGAGAUACAUUCUAGAGAUCCCUGGGAAUGAAGAAAUCCUUGAGUACUGUACUAUACCAAUAAUAAAAAUUUCUGAAAAGAUCACUGGCAAAACUGCUCUAAAAUGAGACUAGAGGAAAUGAAAUUUUCUAAUCUGGUUUCAUGAUAUCAGAAUCUGAGAGUUGGACAGGGGCUUUAUAUUUAUCAUGAACUCCAGUACUAGCAUUUUCCAUAUGAGGAAGCUGAGGCCAAGAGAACUGAAGUGACUUGCCCAAGGUCAGACAGCAACACAAAGCAUAGCAUAGAUUAGAGGACUUUAAGCCACAGAGGUUACUAAAAUAAUAGGAGUUGUUUCAUGCUCUUGUCAUUCUGUAGCCCCUUGGUUGUUGGUGGUGGUGUUUAAGGGCAAGGUGGGGAGAAUUUGUCAUACCUUGAGUCUUGGAAAAGAAAAGGUAUCCUACCUCUCUGCUAAAAUAAAAGGCAGCCUGUGGAAGCUUUAAAAAACAACAGGGGGCAGCUAGGUGGCGCAGUGGAUAAAGCACCGACCCUGGAUUCAGGAGGACCUAAGUUCAAAUUCAGCCUCAGACACUUGACACUAGCAGUGUGACUGUGGGCAAGUCACUUAACCCUCAUUGCCCCACAAAAAAAACAAAAAAAAAAAAACCCAACACUUAAGAGGGGUAUUACAGCAACAACAUUUACAUUUUCAGAAUAAAAAUAGUCAAAUGAAGAAUAAUAAGAACUUGAACAAAAAUGAAGAAUUUAUGGAUUAUCAUGAUUCUCUAUUCUGUCAUCUCAUAACUUUGUUCAUUGGCAAACACAAUGAGCAUGCAUCUAUGCCUUUACCUGAGUGAUAAAAAUUAGAGGCUUCCUUCUGAGUUGACUUUUUUGGGUAUAUCCAUUCAACUAGUUCUGAAUCUACCUGAUUGUGCUUUAAUCUAGCUCACCUGUGUAACUUAUCCACAAGAGUAGCAUGAGAUACUGUCAAAUACUCUACUGUGUUUUUAGCAUGCUGCUCAUCCACUGGUCUUAGUAAUUAUGAAGAAAAAAGAAAAUGAGAUGAGCAUGGGAAACCCUCUUCUUGAUUCUCAGUUUAGAAUUUGGAAAAGAUCUUAAGUCAUCCAGUCUAGUCUAUACCUGAACAAGCAAACCCUCUAUGACAUACAUGGCACAUGAUCAUCUAUCCUUUACUUAAAGGAACCUACUAAUUCCAGAGGCAGCCCUUUACACUUUUGGAUAAUUAACUUGUAGGAAUUUUUUUCUUACAUAAAACUUAAAUUUAUCUCUCUUCAACUUCUAUGCAUUGAUCCUCAUUCUGUCUUCUGGGUUAAGUAGAAUAAGUCUAACCUUUCUUCCUAAUGACAGUCGUUCAGGUACUUAGGACAGCUUUAUUGUCUAUUCAUGCCCUAAAUUUUCCAGGCUAAACAUCUGCAGUCCUUCAACUGAUCUUUCUGACAUAAUCUUACUAUCAUAGAUCUGAGCUCAGAAGCGCUUUUUUUUUAACAGAUAAAGAAACUGAGGCCCAGGGUGGUUAAGUAACUUAUGCAAGAUCAGAUAAGUAUCAGAGGGGUCUUCCGAUAUGAGGUCUUUUGACUCAAUAAAUAGUGCUUUUUCCCAUCUGUUCUUCACCACCAAUUCUUGGUAAUCAAGUCUUCCAUUUCGUCCCUUUAACAAUCUCACAAGAUCUCAUGUAACAUCCACUCUUCCCUUUUUUUGAAAAUCAGGUCAACAGUGGAUAAAGCACCAGCCCUGGAUUCAGGAGGACCUCAGUUCAAAUCUGGCCUCAGACACUUGACACUUACUAGCUGCGUGACCCUGGGCAAAUCACUUAACCCUCAUUGCCCUGGAAAAAAAAUCAGGUCAAGGUUUCUUCCACAAUUCAAAAGCACCCAUCUUUUUCAAAUCAAAAAUCCUUCACCACCAUUCAGCCAUCACAUCUGCCAGUUCUUUCAGUUUCCUAGGAUGUAUGCCCAUGCCUUGCCUCUCUCUUUGCUAUCCUAGCAUCUUCUCAUAGAAUACAUUGGAAGGGGGAGAACAGAUAUGAGAGAUAUCGAAGAUAUAUAACUUUGAUAUGUGAGGGAGGGAGAAGGAAGAGUCAAAGGUAAUCCCAAGGUUCUGACUGGGAGAAUGAUGGUACAAUUAAAAUAAAUUGUCGGGAGAGAGAGGAGGAUUUUGGCAGUGAAUGGGAAAGAAAUGAAUACAUUUUUUUUUAAUUUUUAGUGCCUAUAAGCAGAGUACUGUGAUGGGCCCUAGAGACAAUAAAAAGUUAAAGUAUAUAUAGUUGCUGUCAUCAGACCUUAUAGUCUAGUGAAGGGAUGUGACACAUCUAUAAAUUUCUGUAAUACAUGGCAAAUGCAUAAAAUUGAGAUUUCUCCUCUAAUGGUCUAAAUUUUCUCAUCAAAGUUGGAGGAUAAAUAGUCUGUUGGAAACCUGAGUUUAAAGUACAAGGCUACCUGUGGGACAACAACUGUCAGACAACUGUGAGGGCCCAACUAAGAUGAUGCAUCACAAAUUUGUAGUGAAUGAAGUAUAUUAACUCCCCAGUGACAGUCAAAACCCCAUGAAGGGGAAAUCAGGUUUUGGAAGUUACCCAGAAAUAAUAAACACUAUUAGCAGGUUGAGAAGAGCAGAAAGAGGAACAAAGAGACUCAAGCAGUAGCUAAUAAAUUGGUGGCAGACAACGGUAUGAAGACUUGAUAUAGUGGUGAAUGAAGCUGGGUGGGGGAGAGGGAAAUAUAUAGGAAGGACUUGGUAGUUACAGUACAAGUCACAAGGAUGAAGAAUAGUUUUAAUGUGAAUGAGUGGAGAGGUGGAAAAGUGGGUAGUAACAGGAAUAGGAUUUCAUAAUUCAGGAUCUUGAAAGUUAUACAAUUUUAGAUGGUGAAAUGUAAAGUUUGAUUAUGUUGUGUGUGACUCAAGGAAGUUUGAAAUCAGAGAUUUGAGAAAUUGUGUGGUCAAGAUGUUAGAAGGGCCAUCCAAAUGAAUAUGUAAGAUCCUGAGUAUGUAGAAAGGAUGAGGAAGGAUUGAAGGCUGUGAAUCAGAGUCUGAGAGUUGGAAGGGACAUUAGCAAUCCUCUUUCAGGUAUAUAUGCAAAAGAAAUCCCCAUUGUAGCAUAGUUGGCAAGUGGUCAUCCAGUCUCUAUUUAAAGAACACUCCCCCACACCUCCAUCCCUAGAAUUGUGAACCACUUAACUUGCAGUAGCCCAUUUCACCAUGGGACAGUUCUGAUUGGUGUUAGUUCUUCCUGACUUCAAGCCUAAAGUUAAUUCUUGGCAACUUCCACUCCCUUUUCCUGAUUUUGUCCUCUGGGGAUAAAGUGAAAAAAUCAAAUUCCCCUUCCCCCUGACUUGUCAGAUAUUUGAAGGUUGUUAUCAUAUCCCCCUCAGUCUUCUGCAAGAUAAUCAUCUCCUUUUCCUUCAACCAAUCCUCAUGUAGCAUGGUAGCACACCCUGCUUGCCCACUUGGGUGCUCAUCAGUCAUCAACCACCUUUUUAAACUAUGGCAUCUAGAAGAGAGUACAGUGCUAUGAAUGAGGUCAGAUAAGGGCAGAGUUCUAAGCAGCUUUAUCACCUCCUUGUGUCUGGAAACUGCCUCUCAGUGCAGUCUAAAAUGGCAUAGUUUUUUUUUUUUUGUAGUCACAUCACACUGCUGAUGCAUAGUGAGUUUGCAGUCUACUAGAUCCCCUGUAUCUCUUUCAAACUGCCAUCUAAUCACACUUCCCCCACUCACUUUUUGUGAUAAUUUUUAAAAUCUAAGUGUUACUAGGUUGAGCCCAAGCUAGCCUGACAACAUCUUUUGGGAUCUUUACUCUAUCUUUUACCUUACCCCCUGCAGCUUUAUGGGCGUACUGUCUAUGCAUUUAUCUAAAUUGAUAAAAAAAAAAAAUUUAACCACAUCUCUGGGAGUACUCCACUUGAGGCCUGGUACAUGAACAUUGAAACAUUUAACAACUACUCUUUGAAUCCAGCCAUCUAAAUGUAUCAUCUAAUUCACUUCUCUGAGUCUUUGUAAAAAAAAUAGCUUGAAAUGCUUUACCAAAUGCUUAUAUAUUAUAUCUUUAGGAUUCCCCUCAACCACCAGUGUAGUCACCCUGUCAAAAAAGGAAAUAUGGUUAGCAUCUGACAUGACCUAUUCUUUUUUUUUUUAAGUGAAGCAACGGGUUAAGUGACUUGCCCAGGGUCACACAGCUAGUAAGUGUUAAGUGUCUGAGGCCGUAUUUGAACUCAGGUACUCCUGAAUCCAGGGCCGGUGCUCUAUCCACUGCGCCACCUAGCUGCCCCUGACAUGACCUAUUCUUAGUGAAGUUAUGUUAGCUCUUUGUAAUCCCCAUUUCCCUUCCUAGAUGCUCAUCAACCAUUUCUUUAAUAACCCAUUAUAGAAUUUUUCCAGGAAUUGAAGUCAAACUCACCCAUUUUAAAGGCUGCAUUCUAUUUUUUCCCUCUUUUUUAGAAAUAGGAACAUUUGCUAUUUUCCUAAACUAUAGCACUGUUCCCAUUUUCCAAGAACUAACACCAAUCAGAACUGUCCCAUGGUGAAAUGGGCUACUGCAAGUUAAGUGAUUCCCAAUCUUAGAGAUAUUUCAGAUGUCAUAUCUACUAGUUUUGUCAGGACCCUUAAAAUAUAGUUAUGUGAGCUAAGUAAUUUGAAUUCAUCAAGGGCAAGCAGACACUUUCUUAUCUUGGUAUCAACUUCCUGUUAGCCUUUCUGUCGUUACUUCCUUAAUAAAUAUCACUCUGCUUGUCAGAGAAAAUAGAAGCAAAGUAAAGGUAAGGCAGCUAUACUUUUGCUUUAUUGUUAGUUGUCAUUGCCCCAGCCUCCCCAAGCAGGGAUCCUAUCCUCACAAUGGUUCUCCUUUUCUUCCCAACAUGAGAAAAAAAGAAAAGGGGGGGGGGGGAAGGGAACCUUCUCUUGGCUUUCCCUAGCAGCCUUCACUCAUUCUGAGUUUUACCAUGCCUGAUUUUAUAGAACUAUGCCACAUGUUUUGUUAACUGCCAUUUUCAUCUGUAUGUUUCUUUUUUAGUCUUCUGUUAGAUGGUAAGUCCCUGUGUAUUUCAUUUGGUUUCUUCACACUAAUUCCCACUUUUCCUCUUAUGAAAAUGAGGUGGAAGCCAGAUGCUGAAGUCUUUGAGAAAGUUGGAAAAAAUUAUCUAGAGCUUGGUGGCCAUACAAGUGAUCAGGAGAAGGUGGCAUCAACAGAUUCCAUGCCCUUCAGAAAGUGGAAAAGUGGCCUAAGACCAGCAAAGGGACGAAAGAGUUUAUCAAACCUUCCUCUUGGCCCUGUGAGGUAGAGAAAGUAGAAAAAGGAGUGAUCUUGGGGGAAAGCCAGGUUUCAGUUCAAAACUAGGAGGUGGUAAGAGGAAAUUCCAUUCUGACCAUAUUGAAUUUAAUUCUUUAGUGUCAGCCAUAGAGAAACCCAAGUAGAAAUGAUCAAUAGGCAUUUGAUAACCCAGGUAGUAAUAAUAAAGAUGUUGGGCUCAUUGUGCAAUUGAGUUCCUAACCCAUUUUUAGGGUUGUAUAUUGAAAUAUUAAGAAUUUUAAGAAGGCAAGUCACUGGGGGUAGCUAGGUAGCACAGUGGAUAAAGCACUGGCCUUGGAUUCAGGAGGACCUGAGUUCAAAUCGAGCCUCAGACACUUGAAACUAGCUGUGUGACCCUGGGCAAGUCACUUAACCCUCAUUGCCCCACCAAAAAAAAAGGAAAAAGAAAGAAGGCAAGUCACUUAAAAACAUGUCAAACUCAUUAAUUCAGAAUAGGGAAAAAAGGUAAAGCUGCUAACAAACACACCUGGAGCCUUGUAGGUCUGCAGUGGUUUAAAAAGUCAUCAUGUGGCAGGAAGGGGAUUUUAUGGACCCAGGUACACUGUAGACUUUGGGUCCACUUGCACCCCCUUUCCACACUACACAUGUAUACACACACACACACACACACACACACACACACACACACACACUUCUCCACCUUUGUGAUAGUACCAAGAGCCCAGAACUGUGCCAUUCGGACAUAUCACAUGUAAUUCCUUGUGUUAAGGCACUAAGACAUAACCACGGUUUCACUGACUUACUGCCCUGGUUCAUGGUGCCUACCUUCAUGAAGACACCUUCCUCAUGAUCUUUAAAUCAGAGUUUGCCCGAGGGUAAAGACAGGCUUCUGCAGAUCCACAUAACUGAUGACUUCCAUAGUCAUUAAUUUAUUGCCUCUGCUUGAUCAGUUUAACAAACUUUUCCUAAGCCCUUACUAGGCACUGGGAAUACAAAGACAAGAAUGUAUAGGCUAGGCCCUCAAGCGUUUACAUUCCUUUGAAAGUAGAGUAAGAGAUGUGUAAUGUGCACAGAGAAGUAAAUACAAAAUGAUUUAAUAAAGAGAGUACUACCCAACUUGUAGGACCAGAAACAACUUCCUUCAGGAUAUGCUGCCUGAACUGGGCCUUGAACGAAGCCAGGAAUUCUGGAGGUGGGACAACCUGUACAAAAUAUUAAAUUUGGGAAACAGGUGGUAGGUCAAUUCAACCAGAAGAAGAUAUGAAGGAAAGUAACCUGAACUAAUUUUGGAAAUAGAGCUAGGAUCCAAAUUGUGGAGAGCUUCAAAGCUCAGGGUUUAAAUUUUCCUCUUCAGUGGAGGAACCCACCGAAGAUUCUUAAUCUGGGGAAUGAUAUAGUCAGACCUGUUCUUAAGAAUAUUAAUUUGUUAACUGAAAAAAUGGAUUGGAGAGAGAAGAAAAUGGAAGCAAGAAGACCAGUUAGGAAGCUAUUAUAGUAAUCCAGGGAAAAACUGAUACCUGACCUAGCAUGGUGGUUGAAGAGGAGAUGAAUACUAUAGAUAGUGUGGAGGUCAAAACAAGACUUAGCAACUGGUUAGGUAAAGAGAUUGAGGAAAAAAGAAUAAUUGAAAAUUUAUUCUCAGGUUAUGAAUUUGUAUAAUUAGAAGCAUGGUGGUAUGUGCAAUAGAGAAGUUUGGGAAAGGGAAGGAUGGUAUUAGGAUUGGGGUAGGAAGAGAUAAUAGGUUCUAUUUUUGCUUGUUGAGUUUGUUAUGAGACAUUCAAACAGACAAGCUGUAUAUUCAAUUGGUAAUUGAGGUCUGUAGAUCACGGUUGAAUGUUUAUAUGUGGGAGGCAUCUAUAUGGAGAUGAAAAUUUAAUUCAUGGGAACUAAUUAUUGAUUGCCAAAGGAAAAAGAAGAGAGAAGAAAAAACCCACACAGAACCCUAGAGAACACUUACACUAAAAUGGCAGAAAAGAUCCAAGAAGUUGGUGCAUGAAAAUACCAAAGAGCUGAUCUUGAAGUGUAUUCCACACCUGGGAGUCCCUGGAAGGGAAUGAUCUCUAGGAUGUUUUCCACCCUAAUGCUUGGGAUGGUUCUUAAAUUUCAGCAGCAGAAGAUGAUGACAGUGGUGAUUGGAUCCCUUCUGGAUGACCUGGACUCACACUGUUUGCAAAUAUAGCCUCUAUAUCUUGUAACCAUUAUUACCAUAGAAAUUGCUCUCAACACCCUCAUAUGCCAGAAGAUGAAUUUCAUAGCCACACCUACUCUAGGGAUUCCCACCACCAGAAGAGUGCCCUAACUAAUAUUUUAUAUCCAUAGACAACUAAAGGCAGCUGCAAAUUCUCUAACAGAACAUAUUAGCCUGUGUAGAAGGUGACUGUGGUAAGCUAUCCUGUUGUAGUCACAAGACUCUCCUCCAGUGUUCUACCUCUACUAAUUGCCCCCUGGCAAUCUGGCAGCUCAUCAGUUAGAGUUCCAGACAUUGAAGUAGCAAAUGAUCUCUUUGGAAAACUAUAUAUAGAGUUCAAGGUCAGAUUUAACUCAGGAGAUUGGUGGUAAUGAGUCAGAAAGGGUCAUUCAGCUCCAUCCCAAAAGAAUAUAAGGGUCCCAUUGAUACUCUGCCCUCACCCAAUCCCAUCCCUUCUCUGAAGGUUUCCUUCACAUUCCCCUGGAUAUAAAGGUGUUAUGGCAAGAGUCAGAAGAUUUUAGUUUGAAUCCUACCUCUAAAGUUUGCUAGCUUUGUGACCAUGGGCAAGUUACUUAACCUCGCUGAGCCUUAGUUUCCUUAUCUGUAAAAUGGGGAUAAUAACUACAGAACCUACCUCAGGUAUAUUUUGAGGCUCCAAUGAAAUUAUUUGUGUAAAGAGCUUUGUUAGUCUUAAAGCACUAUGUAAACAGCUACUCUUAUUACCUAUGUGACUGGGAAAAUCACUUAACCUCUGAACUUCAGUUUCCUUUUCUGUAAAAGAGAAUUAGACUAGAUGAUCUCUAAGGUCUCUAUCAACUCUAAUGCUGUGGACCUGUGUGUGCUUUCCUAUGUCUUUUGUUUUUGUGGUUUUUGGUUUUGGUUUUGGUUUUGGUUUUUGGCUUUUAAUGGUUUGGGAG